AGCACAUCAACAACCUCACAUGUGGCCUAGAGAGACGCCGUCGCUGUUUGCGGUGUUUUAGCAUCAACUGGCCGAAACACCGAAUAUAAAACACAUAUUACGGGUUUAAUCGCGUUUCUAACAAAGCUGUAACCGAGACAACAUGCCUCCGAAGAAACCCGCCCAACCUGCGGCGAAUAAAAAGACCGUGGAGAAGAAAAAGGAAAAGAUUAUUGAGGACAAGACAUUUGGCUUGAAGAACAAGAAAGGAGCGAAGCAGCAGAAGUUCAUCAAGAAUGUGACGCACCAGGUCAAACAGGGAGGACCCCCGGGAACCAAGCCGGAUGGCAAGAAGACAGAUAAGAAGAAGGAGUUGGACGAACUCAACGAGCUCUUCAAACCCGUCGUCGCUGCUCAGAAAGUCGCCAAAGGCGUGGACCCCAAGUCGGUGCUGUGUGCGUUCUUCAAGCAGGGUCAGUGCACCAAAGGAGACAAGUGCAAGUUCAGCCACGACCUGUCCAUGGAGAGGAAGUGUGAGAAAAGGAGUCUGUACGUGGACGAGAGGGACGACGAGCUGGAGAAAGACACUAUGGACACCUGGGACGAGAAGAAACUGGAGGAGGUGGUGAACCAUAAGCACGGGGAGUCGGAGAAGAAGAAAGUCAAAACAAAUAUUGUGUGUAAGCACUUCCUGGAGGCCAUCGAGGGCAACAAGUACGGCUGGUUCUGGUCGUGUCCGUCAGGCGGAGACGUCUGCAUGUACCGCCACGCUCUGCCGCCGGGCUUCGUUCUAAAGAAGGACAAGAAGAAGGAGGAGAAAGAGGAGGAGAAGAUCUCGCUGGAGGAGCUGAUCGAGAACGAGCGAGCGGCGUUGGGUGCUAAUGUGACUCGGAUCACUCUGGAGACUUUCCUGGCCUGGAAGAAGAGGAAAAGGUCGGAGAAGAUUGAGAAAGCAAGGGAGGAGAUGGAGAAGAAGAAGGCCGACUUCAAGGCUGGGAAAUCGUUAACUGUGAGCGGGCGCGAGGUGUUCGAGUUCCGCCCGGAUCUGGUGGACGAGGACGACGACGAAGCCGACGAGACCCGAUACAUCAACGCAGACUCUGAGGAAGACGAGCAGGACGUGGAGGAGACUGAUUCUUCAGUGUUCCAGGACAUAGACCUAUCCCGUUUUGUUCCACAAGAGGUCGACAACUCGGGCAUCACCGUCGCCUCCAUGGACCGCUUCACCUCCAGGAUCAAGACCCGGCCCACAGAACCAGAUACCGAGGAGCUGCUGAACGGAGCCUGCGGUGGAGAGGCUAACGGUCUGUCGGGGGCCGAGGGGGGAGGCGAGGAAGAGGAGGAGGAAGAGGAGGUGGAGGAGGUACCGGUGGACGAGAACCUGUUCACAGGAGAAGACCUGGAGGAGCUGGACGAGGAGCUGAACACCCUGAACCUCGAGGAGGAGGACUGAGAGACCACAUGCAGUCUGUGGACCUGGACCUGUUGAGACCCCCACAGUGUGAUGGUAGAGAUGUAGAGUAGGGGUCUCCAGCGCAUAGACACAGCCGGAUGCUAACCUGCACAUGUUGGCCUAUUAGCAUGAUUUAGCAUAUGCAUUUUUGGACGGUUCUGGAGUGGUUCUGGGGCUUAUUGAGGAUGCUGAGUCCAUAUCUGACUUGUUCAGGGUCAUAAAUGUCAGUUUUAACCAGAAAAAGGCCGUAUUUGUACUUUAUGGGCUGAUUAUGCUACCGUUGGACACAGAGCACAAAAUGAAAAAGAUAACCUCAGUUUUUAGAAGAGAUAAGCAAUCUGUCCAAUCCAGAUGAUCCAGAGUCCCCUGAAACUUUACAAAUGAAUCAAAAUCAGUCCACAGAGUACAGAAAUGGCCAAUGUCUGGUUAAAACUGCCAUUUAUGAUCCUGAAAAUGUCAGAAAUGGACCUCCAAAUCUGCCAAAUAUUAACUUAGCACAUGCCAAUUAACACAACUUGUGCUAAUUGGCCAACAUAUGCACAUUGGCAUCCGGCAGUGUGUAUGUGCUCGAGACCCUACUAUACAUUUCUACCAUUUCUCCGGUGUCUCCACACCUCCGGGUCCGCAGCAGGACUCUAUGAGCUGCGGACGGACGGACGGAUGCAUGGCGCUAAAGAGACCCGACGUUUGAUUUUAAAAACUUCAGAGACUCCAGAAAUAAAGCCUGAUUAUCUCAUUACAUCACUUCCUGUCUCUGCCGACAUCUUGUUUUCUGCACCGCCCCUCAGAUCCUGUCCGUCGGCGUCCCCCCCCCCCCUCCCCACUACAAAAAACCAACGAUUGUUGCCCAUCAGUUUCUUUUAAAUCUGAAUUUGGCUGUGGUGCACUGCUGGUUGCUCGACUGGCAGAGCUUCAUUCAAGAGAAAUUAAACCGGAUUUCUGAAUCAGUGAAAUAUGAAUAUAGAGGUUUUUCAGUGAAAGACAUUAAAGUGGGAACAGAUUUUAGACAACGCUGAUGGAUGUUUGGAAAGAUCCGGAGGAGUUUGGGCUCGCACGUGACGUUUGUUUAUCUGACCAACAGUUUGUGUUUUCAUUUUGAGUUCUGGGAAAAGAACGUCUGAAUUAUGACUGUCGGCUUUCGAGAUUUUACCAAAAGCCCUUUUUUGUUUUUAGUUCUGACUCAGAAAAAGUCUAAAUUACGACUUUUUAAAUUUGACCAAAAGUGAUAUUUUCUCCUGGACCUGAAGUCAGGAUUCUCAGGAAAAAGUCAUAAAAGUUUUCAAAAGUAACAAUCAUUUUUUUCUGACUUCUCCAGUUUUGCAUUUUUCCUCUAAAAACCCCCAAACUUUUGGUCAGAUCUCCAAAGCGCCCGUGUCCCUCCUCCUCUUCCGUAGCGAUAAUAAAAGGUGAGAAGUGAACAGGAGUGAUUCUGUUGUAAGAAACUGAAUCUGUUCAUGGGCUCUGAAACCAAAAUAAAGAUUGUUUUCCAUCAGUAAAAUACGUUUAAUUUUACCUUCAGUUUAAAAGUUGUUCAUGAAACCGUUUGAAGGAUAAGUCCAGAGCCAGAUCUGAUGAAUUAUUUCCAAUGAAAUGUAAAUAAUAUGCUCCUGAGUUUCCUCUGAACAAAUAAAGAUAUCUGUACAUCCA